AUGUCGGCCUUUGUCCCCCUUCCCCCGCUCCCACUCUCCUCCUCCAAGUUUUCCAAACCACGACAGCAUGCCCCUCCCAGCCGCCAUCUCACCUCGCGCCGGCACCCGACUGCCUCCCUAGCCCAGUCCGAGGCCGUCAAGUCUGGGGCUGCCCCCGUCGGGACGGACGCUGCCCUGCAAGAGAUGGUGCGGCGCUCCCUAUCCAGCCAAACGCCUUUCACCCGCCGCAUCGCCGUCCUGGGCUCCACUGGCUCUAUCGGUACGCAGACGCUCGACAUCGUCCGAGAGGCGCCUCACAUCUUCUCCGUCUCCUCCCUCACAGCCGGUUCGAACGUCGAAUUGCUUGUGAGACAGGCUCGCGAAUUCCGCCCGCACGUUGUGUGUAUCCUGGACGAAAGCCGCAGAGAUGAGCUCAGGAGCAAGCUUGAUGAUGCUCAAUGCAAGGACAUUAGGGUCGUGUGCGGGUCGCAGGGGGUUGUGGAAUGCGCCGCCGAGACGGAUGCUGAUGUCGUCGUUACGGGUAUUGUUGGGUGUGCUGGGCUGCUCCCGACUGUUGCCGCGAUCAAGGCGGGUAAGGACAUAGCGUUGGCAAACAAGGAAACCCUUAUUGCGGGUGGGCCAGUUGUGGUCCCUCUGGUCAAGAAACACGGCGUCAGCAUGACAGCCGCUGAUUCAGAGCAUUCAGCCAUAUUUCAAUGUUUGCAAGGCGCCCCGCAAGGCGCGCUUCGUAAGAUCAUUCUCACCGCAAGUGGCGGCGCUUUCCGCGACAGGCCCGCGAAGGACUUGGCAAGUGUCACGCUAGCGGAUGCACUCAAGCAUCCUAAUUGGAGUAUGGGCGCGAAAAUUACCAUCGAUUCAGCCAGCCUGUACAACAAGGCGGCCGAAGUCAUUGAGGCGCACUACUUGUUCGGAUUGGACUACGACAACAUCGAAGCCGUCAUCCACAAGCAAUCCAUCAUUCAUUCCAUGGUCGAGUUUGAAGAUUCUUCCGUCCUCGCCCAGCUGGGAUGGGCGGAUAUGCGCCUCCCGCUACUCUACUCCAUGUCGUGGCCCCAUCGCGUGUCGAUGCCUUCUUUCAAGCCGCUCGAUCUCGUCGAAAUAGGUUCCCUGACGUUCCAAGAGAUCGAUCGCCAAAAGUAUCCCAACAUGGACCUUGCGUACAUUGCCGGUCGCAAGGCGGGCACAAUGACUUGUGUGCUCAACGCCGCAAACGAGGCCGCUGUGGAGAUGUUCCGUGAGGAGAAAAUCCAUUUUCUAGAUAUCCCAAAAAUUAACCAGGCCAUGAUGGAUAGCCAUCGCGACGACUUUUUGCAAUAUCCCACACUGGAUGAUAUCGUCCAUUUUGAUACUGUGACAAGGAUUCACGCCAGGGAACUUGUUGCGAGCGGAAAACUGGGCUAG